CUUCGCACAAAAUGAGCGUGAGCGUCUGCAGAUGUUCCAUGCUCGCACCACGCCUCCGUGGUGCCGCCCUCCAAAUCCGCGCUCUUCAUGCGUCGGCGACCAUUCGCGUAGACAAGCCAUUGGCAGCCACCAACUGGGGCAACCCAUCACCUGCGCCGAAGCAGGCCGUCGGCGCGACGAACUGGGGCGCGCCUCCUGCGCGCAAACCCCAGCAGCAACGACCACGGAAUCGUGACGGGCCACCGCGUCAGCAGCGCGAUGGUGGUGGUUUCGGAAUGAGUGCGCCACGGGGCGAGCGGCAGGACGGCGGUGGCGGCGCCGGGCAAUGGAAUCGAGGUCGUCGCGACGAUGGCGGCGGACAGCGGGACCGUCCUCCUCGGCACGAUGGCGGAAUACAGCGGGAUCGCCCUCCCCCUCGAGACAAUGGCGGCGAACGGUGGGGACCCCGGGGCGGCGAUGGAGGGCGGGAACGCGGCCCACGGCGCGAUGAUGGUGGGAUGGCGCGCGGCGGGAAUCGCGGGCGCGAGCGCCCGCAGCGCGACGGCGGACGAGACCGCGAUGGCGCCAAGCCGCUUGCUGCGACCAACUGGGGCUCUACGGACGUUGUAGAGGACACACCCGCUCGCGGCCGCAAUCUUGAUGCUGCGGCUGAGUCGGGUCCUUCCAGAUAUGCCGAGGCUGAAGACGAAGAGGGGCGCGGGCGACGACGCCAAGCCGCCUCCUCGCGCUCCUUGCUCAAUGCGCAUCUGGAUGAGGCUGAAUUGCCGUCCGCGCAGCACCGCAGCGUCAAGGAGAAGAAGAAGAAGGGCGAGCGGUUCAACAAGCGCGAGUGGGUAAUGGACGAGGAGAACGACGCCGAUCUCGCCGAGAUGGACAGCUUGAAGCGCAAGCAGCAGGAGAAGGCUGAGCGUGCACGAGCCAAGGCGGCUGCGGAAGCGCGGAAGGCGCGCGAGGCUCUCGAGAAAGACGUCUACAUCCCUGGCAACAUUUCGGUCGCACAGCUUGCCGACAAGUUUGGCAUCAAGGUGCUCCACCUCCAGCGCAAGAUGAUCGAGCUCGGGAUGAGUGAGGAGGUGCGAAGCUCUGCAUUCCUCCUCAAUGCAGAUGAUGCAACCUCUCUCGCCCUCGAGUAUAAUCUCAACCCCAUCAUCGACAGCGACCGCGGCUACGACAUCUAUCCAGAGGUCGAGGAGGACCUGAGCAAAUGCCCAUUGCGACCCCCUGUUGUCACCAUCAUGGGACAUGUCGAUCAUGGCAAGACGACGCUGCUCGAUGCAUUGCGGCAUACGUCCGUUGCGGCCGGCGAGGCGGGCGGCAUCACCCAGCACAUCGGUGCCUUCUCCGUCCCCCUCUCGUCGUUGCAGAAGGAUGCGGACUCAGAAGCCAGCAUUACUUUCCUUGAUACGCCGGGACACGCCGCUUUCACGGGCAUGCGUGCGCGAGGCGCCAGCGUUACCGACCUCGUUGUGCUUGUCGUCGCUGCCGACGACGGCGUCAUGCCGCAGACGAAGGAGGUCAUCAGCCUCGUGCAGAAGGAGGGUGACAACGUCGGUUUGGUCGUGGCCAUCAACAAGUGCGACAAGCCGCAGAUCGAUGUUGCCAAGGUCAAGGCCGGCCUGGGUUCUGAGGGUAUCAUCCUGGAAGAGGACGGCGGCGACGUGCCUUCCGUUCGCGUUUCAGGCCUUGCGCGCAUCGGCCUCGAUGACCUGGUCGAGACUCUCGCGACACUCGCAGAGGUGCGCGACCUGCGUGCGCGUAAGGAAGGCAAGACCGAGGGCUGGGUGCUCGAGUCACACGUCGACAAGGGACUCGGUACUGUUGCGACCGUCCUCGUCACCCGCGGCACCCUCCGUGAAGGCACACCAAUUGUGGCGGGCCACACCUGGGCUCGUGUGCGGACGAUGACCGACUCCGCCGGCAACCCCGUCACUGAGGCUGGUCCGGGCACACCCGUCUCCGUCACGGGUUGGCGCGACGUCCCAUUGGCCGGCGACCAGCUGCUCGAGGCGCCGUCGGAGGCCAAGGCUAAGGCCUGCAUUGACAACCGCAUCCGUGACCAGGAGCGGAAGCAGCUCGCUCAGGACGCCGAGGCUAUCAACAUCCGGCGACAGGAGGACCGCAUCCGCCUGGAGGCGGAGCGUGUCGAGGUCAAGGCGGCCAAGGAAGCCGGCCUUUCCGUCCAGCAGGUGCUGCACAAUGCUCGCCGGGUCGCCGCUGAGUCGGCCGACUCGGGCCGCAAGGAGCUUCGCUUGAUCAUCAAGGCGGACGUGAGCGGCACGGUCGAGGCUGUGGUAGGUUCUCUGAGCGCGAUCGGGAAUAAGGAGGCCGGUGUCAAGAUCGUUCACACGGGCGUGGGCGAGGUCACGGAGAGCGACGUGAUGCUCGGCGACGCUGCGGACGGCACGGUCAUUGGUUUCAACGUCGAAUGUCCUCGCGCAAUCCAGAGCGCGGCAAACGACGCUGGUGUCCCCGUCAUCACGGACAGCGUGAUCUACCGCCUCAUUGAGAAUGUGCGCGGGCGUGUCGCUGCCCUCCUUCCGCCACGCACCGAGACGCGUGUCAUCGGCGAGGCCACUGUGUCCAUGAUCUUCCCCCUGAAGUCUGGGCGCAAGGUCGUGAAGAAUAUCGCCGGGUGCAAGGUUAUGAACGGCACGGUCGCCAAGGCGGACCGGGUGCGCGUGCUGCGCGACCGCGAAGUCGUGUUCGAGGGCAUGAUGGACACCCUCAAGCACAUGAAGAAGGACGUGCUCGAGAUGCGCAAGGGCACCGAGUGCGGUAUCGCUCUCGAGGGCUUCGACGAUAUCCGCGAGGGCGACCAGAUUGUCACCUUCCAGACCUUUGAGGUGGCGCGUGAGCUCAACUAGACACUCCUCUCUGUAGUUCAUAGACACUUUAGCAUAGGGCAUAGGGCUCGCCAUGCAUCUCAUCCUCUCUC